AUGUCACGGUCAGGACAUCUCCAGGACUUGGACGGAGGUAGCACUACCUCUGUCAUUGUCUACCAGCCGCUUAAACAAAGUCAAAGAAGAUCAUCCCAAGGCAGUCAGUCCAGGAAUGCAAGCAUGGCUGGUAGGCGACAGUCCGUAACGGCUCAAUUACAACGACAAGCAAGGCGUUUCUCAACUGCAAUCGCCCCUCAAUUCACUCGAAUAGAGCCCGUAACCAUUCUUCAGAAGAGCGAAUAUCUCAUCUUGAAGAUAACAGAUACUGGGCAGAUUACGCAUGCCGUUCAACAGUAUGUAAUGAAAAACGCUGUCAUGUUUGACCCCGUGGAGUUCGAACUAUUCGAUCAAGACGGUUUCCGCAUAAUGACAGCAAGUUUAUUUCCUGAUGAAUUACUACUACAAGAAGGCAACAAGAAGUUGUUCAGUAUUUCAUUCGGAGAAAUUGAUGAAAUGGACUCAGCUUGUAUUGCCAAAGUCAAACAUCCUAUCACAGGUAUCACUGUGUAUGAGUUAAGAGAAUUGGGUGGUUCUGUACUUAUUCAAGCUAACACUGACAGUCUUGCCGGAACAAGAAUUUUAACUCAAUCAGUAAGCCUUGCCAGUGUGCUUAUGGCUUGCGGCUGUACGUUCUCAAAGGAACAGUGGAGUCUUGUGAAACACGACAAAGUGAUGGUGCGAAUUACUCCGCAACAGUCCUUUUUUAGCGAAAACUCGAUAAAAGUCGCCUGGAACCCAAAUUGUGACAAUGAACUGCGGGUUAUUGCUUUGGCUUUUGGACUUGCUCAGAUGGUUCGUGAAGCUUUCCCUUCACUGUUGCACAUCGUAAAAGAGUUUCGUCAGCGCAGAAGUUAA